GCGGCAACGACUCGGACGCCACCUCAAUCAAUUCGUUUUCUAACAGUUUCUAAAUAUUUGCGUCAGCUUCAACAGCGCCGAAAUGGAACGUAUGAGCGAACUGAGAAAAAGGAUACCUUUCAAGAUGGCCUCAGAUUCGACCAGUGAAAGCGACGAACGUGUUAUAUUGGAUGAACAAGAACAGGAAGAGGUGAUACAACGACUUAAAGAUGAAAACUCUACUUGGAACCAACGCCACCGGAUACUCUUGCAAGCAAUGCUUGGGCUCUCUUGUCUACUUGAAAUUAUAUAUCUCAUAAAUCCUGAGUCGAACCCGAUCUCGUCUGCUAUACCAUCCACUUCUUCGGAGCAAGACCAUCCGCUGCCAUUUACUUCUCUACUCACUGUUCUCGCCUUACUACUCCAUCUUAAUCUGGCCCUCUUGAUAUCCCCAUCUAAAACUAUCUCCGAUGCUGCACCAUUUCUCCCCAUCUCGUUUUUCUAUGUUUUUAUUUGUUCAGCCGUCCCUCCCUUUCUGUGCAUACUGACCGGUAGAACAUGGCAAAUGACUGUGUGGUGGAGCGUCACAGGAACAAUGUCAUGGGUCGUGUACAGUGUACGAAGGAUGAUCGAUCAGGCCGAUGAAAGUCUUGUAGCGCUGGAGAAAAUGAAAUAUGCUUCAGCGGGCGCUUGAAAUACGACAUUAAUGCUUUACUCGUGUUCAUCGCCUCUUGCAUUUUCAUUGUCUUGAGUUUACUUAGUCCAAAUGGGAUAAUAUUUGUACUGGUAUUCUAAUAACAACUCUGUACAUCCUUUGUUGUUUGAUAAGGUUACAAAAUAUCCAAUAGGCGAAUAAUAAUAACAGUAAGAGA